GAGGUGGAGGGGGGAGGUCAUGAGUGGGGAGAUUUAACUCACACGACUUACAGGAGUAAUAUGCAACUUUUUGGGACAGGAUCUGAUGUUUGCGUUCCAUGAGAAGUCUUACAAGAACAACUGGAAUUAAGAAGAAAGUCACUGAAGAUUCACUGUUUCUCCUAGAAGAACUUGUGCACUACUGGCAAUGGUUACAAAGGCUGACCAGACAGGAGUAUCAGGAAAAUUGGGACGGAAGCAGGUCGGCCUCUUCCAAGAGACAAGUCAACAGAGCUGUUAAUGCAACAUGAUCCAGUGGGUCUUGCCCUAAAAAUACACGUGAACAGGAGAGGGACAGGCUGCCAUCUCUAUCUCCUUAAUUACCCGGUGCAUCUUUAAACUUUGUACAAGAUCAACCAAACUAGUUCAACAAUGAGAAAAGCUGAGGUACAAAUGACCCUGAAGAAAGGGGCUGAUGACACAGCAGCUCCGCCGAGCCCCAUCAUCCCACCAAAACGGUCCAAAGCGAGCCCAGACCAGGUGGUUCCAGACCCUGAAGGACCUGCUUAUCCUACUCCAACUCCACGUUUCAUACGCAAAAUGAGGAAUGCUGCUGUAGGUACAGGAUGCGACAUCCGCCUCAAGGUGACUGUGGCUGGAGAUCCCCCUUCCUUGUACUGGUAUCACAAUGAUGACCUCCUCAAUAGAAACCAAGAAUAUGGAGGGCUUUGGAUUAGGGAUUGCAAACCUAGUGAUGCUGGCCUAUACACCUGCAUUGCCAACAAUCACCUGGGAGAGGCUCGGAGCAGCGCUGUACUCGCUGUGCUGGAUCUGGGUGAAGAUUCUGAGACAACAGAAGAUGAAGGUGGAGACCAAUAUGAUACCAAAGGAGAUAGUGGGGAUAUUGAGGACCAGAUUCUGCCCACAGUGAUGGAAAAAUGUGCAGAUGAUGGAAAUGCAACACAAAAACGGGAAGAUCACCUAAAUACAACAAGGAUUCUAUCAAAUGAUUUUUCAAGCGAAUCUCCUCCACAAGCCCUCCCACCUCCAUCCCCAAGACUCAUCAAACGUCCCUCCACCUCUCCAAUGCAGAGUCGCUCUGGGGCAACUACACCACUUAGCUUACGGAAGAAAAUUACCGUACAAACUGACUACCAAGAUACAGUGCCUGGGGAAUUUGAGGAAAAGGUGAAACAGCCGAAAUCCAUUUCUCAGUCUAACAAUCAGGACUCAAGACCGCAGACACCGCUGAGUGAAUAUUCAAGAAAGGAAUUUACUCUUAGACCAUCCCCAAAACUUACCAGGGCAAGUUCAAAGGUUUUUGAAAAGGUUCGUGACUUAGAAGAGCGACGACGAAGUCUUGAAAUUCCCGAAGGCUCCAUCUCAGGAAGAUCUUGGGCUGGGUUCAAUCGAGCUGGAUCUGUUGAUUCAGAUGAUGGAGGAAGCCGGUUGGGCAUCUCUAGAGAAAGUUCAAGGGAAGAUCUAAGAGAAGCAUUAAAAGAGGAUGCUGCUGAACGAAGAUCAAUGUUCAAACAAAGAGCUGCUUCAGUGGAGGAGAAACCUCGUUAUUCCCAAAAGGUUCAGGACAUCGAAAACAAGUUUGCAGAAGAGCUGCAACGUAUUAAAAAGCUUGUUGGAAAACCUCAUUUGAAAAAAUCUUUUUCAACUGAACAGCUGACUUUAAAGGGAAGACAGCAUCAGCCUUUCAGGAAGCUUGAGCCUAUUCCUCCACAAGUCCUCCAGAAGCUCCAAGAAAGAGAACGCGCUCAAUGGGCAAAGGAACGGAAAGAAACAGAACAAUCUAAAGAGGAAGCAAAAGAAAAUACACAAUAUUUUGUAAGUCGUCAACCAGUGCAGCAUGAACAGCAGAAUGCCCAGCCUCAGAAGAUAACAACUACUCCUACAACAAAUGUAGUGGUCAGUAGAUUUGGAGAGGUUUCAGGCACCCCUGAGUCCAUGCAGGUGUCUGACCUGCCAGGACAACGGUCGCUGAAAGAAAUAAGCAGAAUCAGUCCUGUAACAGAAAUUGUUCAAAGAUCAUCAUCACCAGCGCUAAUUCUCCAUCAAAGGGGCGACUCACCAAGCAGAAAUACUGCUGAGAUGACUUUACGCAAGGUUGAACGAAGGCCCCCAAGUCCGCUUGUGCAAAGGGUAUCUCGAAUGCAGGAGUCCCCGUACAUUCAAGAUGGCCUUGUGCAAACAUCACAUAAGGAUGAGACUUCAGGAAGGACAACACCAAUAGAAGUGGCCUUAAGGAAAAUUGAAAACAGACCUGAAAGUCCACUGUUACAGAAAAAGUCUAACAUUGUACAAGAUAUCCCUCAACAACCUCCUUCAAAAGUCAAAAGAUUGAUACCAGUCACCCCACUGGAGGAGCAGAUGGAAGUAGAAUUACCCAAACAAGCCUUGAAGAUAAAAAUUCCUACGAUUGUUGUUGAAGAUGAACAUAUGGAACAGGAUGUGCCUGUAAAGACACGGGAGCCUACCUGUGCCAAAGAGGGAAAACCACAGAAAACCAAAGGAAAGAGUCGUUGCGCACGUCCCAUGUCUCCAGAGUACGAUUCUUCAGAUGACUCCUAUGUCUCUGCUGAAGAGGACCCCUUGGAGGCACCGGUAUUUGAAUUUCCCCUCCAGGACACCGUAGCGUCAGCUGGCGCAGCUGUACAGAUGAAAUGUAUUAUUGCCGGCACUCCAGUUCCGGAAGUUACUUGGAUGAAAGACAACGUUGCGAUCACUGGUGGUGCAAAUUAUACCAUCAAAGUGGAGGGUGAACGUCACAGUUUGCGCAUCGAAUCAGUUAAAAUAAGCGAUGGUGGGAUAUAUUGUGUAACUGCUGUUAAUCAGGUGGGCAGAGUGUCCAGCAGCGCCUCUCUCACAGUGAAUGCAGAAUCUGUACAGGAGCCAAAAGGGAACUUGGGUGUACCGAUGGAUAUUAGCAGCCCAAUCACAUCUGAUGAGGAGUAUCUCAGUCCCCUUGAGGAAGGUAUGGAUUUUGGAGCCCCUGAAACAAGAACGAAUGUUGACAAACGCUUCCGAAAACCACCUGCUUUCCUGGCAACAUUGAGCAAUCAAACAGUCAUUGAACGUCAGGAAGUCACCAUGUCUGUUCGAAUAAGUGGACAACCCAAACCAAUGCUCUACUGGUUGAGGGACAGAGUGACAGUUAAAACAGGUCCACGUCACAUUGUCUGCGAGACAGAAGAUGACACUUUUGAAAUGACCAUCAGAUCGGCGCUGAGGUCGGACUCUGGUGUAUACACAUGUAAGAUCAUUAAUGAGUAUGGAACAAAGCAGUGUGAAGGAACUCUGGAGGUUAAAGCACCACCAGUGGAGCCCGGACUGGCUGUCAUCCGCCCGGUCAAAGACAUCACAGCAAAGGCUGGGGAGACCGUUUUGUUUGAAUGUCACGUCAUGGGUCCAAAGGACACUGAUGUGGAUUGGCUUGCGGAUGGAAAACUUAUCCAACCUGCAUUGCUGAACUGUAAGAUGCACUUUGAUGGGAGGAACUGCCGGCUGCUGCUCAACUCUGUGCAUGAGGAUGACAGCGGGACAUACAUGUGCAAACUUAGCACAGCUAAAGAGGAAGUAACCUCUUGUGGCAAACUCAAAGUCAUCCCAUCACUGGAACCUCUCUUCACCCGCAGGCUGGAUGUUCUGGAGGUGAUUGAGGGGCGUAAUGCUCGCUUUGACUGCAAAGUCAGUGGGACUCCGCCUCCUAAGGUCACCUGGAGUCACUUUGACCAUCCACUUACAGAAAGUGAAGAUAUUCGAAUUAUUCAGGAAGGAGGACGCCACUCUCUGAUUAUUUCCCAUGUGACCAACGAAGAUGAGGGUUUCUACACUGCCACAGCACGUAACAUCCAGGGGGAGGCCGAGAACUCGGCCGAACUUUACAUACAAGAACCACGGCCAGCCAUCUCUUCACAGAUGGCGAAACUGGAAAAGAUGCCAUCAAUCCCAGAGGAGCCAGAAAUUCCAGAGAAUGAGGUGGAGCGUUUCACCAUGCCUGACUUCAUCAAGCCCCUUUAUGACUUGGAUGUGAUCGAGGGAAAAGAGGCGGUGCUCAAAUGCAAAGUGGCUGGUUUGCCGUAUCCAACAAUCGCCUGGUUCCAUAACGGCAAAAGAAUUGAGAGUACUGAUGACAGGAAAAUGACACAGUUCCGAGACGUCCACAGCCUGGUCAUCCGCUUUGUGUGCCAUGCUCAUGGAGGAGUCUACAAGACUGUUAUCUCCAACAAAGUCGGCAAGGCCACCUGCUAUGCUCAUCUCUACGUCACAGAUAUUCUGCCUGACCCCCCUGAUGGAACUCCAGUAAUAGAGUCUAUCACUGGGAAAACCAUCACUUUGAGUUGGAAGAAACCCAGAAGGUUGGAUCCUUCCAUUGACCCCAGCUCCUUGAUGUAUGCCAUCCAGCAACAAGCCCUGGGCUCCAUCCAGUGGACGAUCAUAGCUUCCGGCCUGACAGAGACCACAUACACCAUCACCACCCUCUCCAAAGGUGUCUGCUAUGCGUUCAGGAUCCUGACUAUAACUGCCAAGGCUUUCAGCAAGCCCUCACCUGCCACUGACUGUGUGCAGCUCGUCGACCGAGGUCCAUAUAUUCAGGAGGCUCCAGUCAUUACUGAUAAACCAGACAUUGUAUAUGUGAUGGAAAACCAAUCAGUCACCAUCACUGUCACACUCAAUCACGUUGAUGCUGCAGUCAUCUGGAAGAGGAGGGGUGUGGUUCUGGCCAGUAAACCGGGCCUGUAUGAGAUGACAAUGCCAGACGACAACCAGCAUUCCCUCAAGCUGCUAAGAGUGAAGAGUGCUGAUGUCAGCGAAAUGGUCUUUGUUGCCUCCAACAAGUAUGGCAGUGACAGCUGCACCUUCAGCAUCGAAAUGGCAGCUCCCCCAACUUUUGAAACCAUCAUGGAAGACUUGGACGUUUGUGUCGGCGAGACGCCUCGCUUUGCUGUAGUUGUGGAGGGAAAACCCUUACCGGAUAUCCUCUGGUUCAAGGAUGGCAUCCUGUUGUCGGAGAGCUGUCAUUACACGUUUGUGUAUGAUGACAAUGAAUGUUCCCUGGUGAUCUUAAAUGCUCAACCAGAUGAUUCUGGAGUGUAUACUUGUACUGCCAGAAACCUGGCAGGAUCUGUGUCCUGUAAAGCCGAACUCACCAUUCAUGAAGCUAAGAGUAAAGAGGAGCCUGUGGAGGAUGAAGAAACCAUUCUGAGGAAGAUGCGCAGACUAACUGACUACUAUGACAUCCACAAGGAGAUUGGAAGGGGUGCAUUUUCCUAUGUGAAACUUGUGUCCCAGAAAGUAGACAACAUGGAGUACGCUGCAAAGUUUAUCUCCACACGGGCCAAGAAGAAGACCUCUGCGCUACGAGAGAUGAACCUGCUUUCCAAGCUGGAUCAUGAGAGAGUCCUUUAUUUUCAUGAUGCCUUUGAGAAAAAGAAUGCAGUCAUCAUCAUCACGGAAAUAUGUCAUGAGGAGCUGCUUGAAAGGUUUUCGAGGAAAUCAACAGUUACGGAAUCUGAUAUACGUUCAUGCAUGAGACAGGUGCUGGAGGGACUGGACUAUCUUCACCACCUAAACAUCAUACAUCUGGACAUAAAGCCUGAUAACAUUCUCAUGGUGGAACCGAACAGUGAUCAGAUCCGAAUCUGUGACUUUGGCAAUGCAGUCAAGCUCACACCUGAUGAGGCUCAAUACUCCAAAUACGGAACACCAGAAUUUGUUGCACCAGAAAUUGUUAAUCAGACUCCUGUGUCAAAAGCAACAGAUAUCUGGUCAGUUGGAGUUAUUGCAUACCUGUGUCUGACAGGAGUUUCUCCAUUUGCUGGGGAGAAUGAUCGCAGCUCUGUACUGAACAUCAGGAACUAUAAUGUGGCCUUUGAGGAAAGCAUGUUUGCUGACCUUUGUAGAGAAGCUAAAGGUUUCAUCAUAAAAGUGCUAGUAGCAGACAGCCUGAGACCUGAUUCUCAGGAAUGUCUCCGACAUCCGUGGUUCAAGACACUAAGCAAGGGGAAAGCCAUUAGUACAGAGGCCCUGAAGAAGUUUGUGUCUCGUAGAAAAUGGCAGAGAUCUCUGAUCAGCUAUAAAUCAAAAAUGGUCAUGAGGUCCAUAUCUGAGCUACUGAAUGAUUCCUCCAGCCACAUCUCCAUUGCAGUUCCCAGGCACCUUAAAGAAGCUUCCCCUUUGCCGUCAUCUUCCUCGGAUUCCGAUGAAGACAUUGAUGAACUGCCCUUCAUUCCAAUGCCACUUAAUAUGGAAUUUUCUGGAUCAAGAAAGUCACUGAAUGAUAUCCAAAACAGUGAGCAGGAAGCAGGGAUGCAAAAUGGAACCACUAAUUUGAUUGACUCUGAUGUUCCAUCCCCUGAGCCAAUGGAAACUGAUGAUAAAGAAGAACUGACAUGUAAAGGCCGUCUGCAGAAAAGGUCUUCACAAGAGAAUGAUAAAGGCUCCUCAGAUGAAGAAUCACUUGCAGAAUUGCAGCAGAAGCCAGAGCUGUCUAGAAAACCCCUGCAAAGGGGUUCCAGCAUGGAAUCAGACAGACCAGAGAGUGGACGACGAAGGGGAGAGCUGAGACGUGGUGGGUCAGCUGAUAGUGCAUUGUUGCUCCGCAUUACACCCGAGGAAGGAGUUGGUGAAGGAAAUCCAGAAGAUGGCAGAAAGGUUCUCAAAAAAGCUGUCUCUAUGGAACUACCAAGGCGGAGCGCAAGCCCAGGUACUGCCAAGUUGAGUCAAGAAGAUUAUGCCCUUAAACUGGAGCUCAUGAGACAGCGACUUCUUCGUGGCGGCUCUGUGGAUAACAAGAUGAGUGGACUGCGAGGACCUCUGUUGGAGACAUUAGGAAUGGGUGAUGAAAAGCGUACAAUAGCUUCAGAUCGCUACACUCGAACCGCUCAUUUCGGCCCACCCCCUUUAAUCAGAUCUGCAUCCAGUGAUUCCCCAAGGGGUGAAAUUCCUAAACCAAAGGUUUUACCCAAAAGUUCUUCUUUCAGCCAAGGUGAUUCAGAACCAAUCGCUUUGCAUAGACGGUCAGGAGCUCCCUUGGAAAUACCUCUGGCACAGGUGGAAGAGCGACGGCUUAAAGAAGCUAUAUCUAUGUCAGCUCUCACUGAACAAAUCAAACUAGACUCCCGUCCUGUGACUCCGAGAGAACCUUCACCAAAACCAUCAACUCCAGAAUCUGCUAUGCAAGAGAGUCCGACCAAAACAAAAAGUGAGGAAUCUUUCACUGAAAAAGAGAGCAAACCUGAUGAGGCUUUGUAUGAAAAAAUGGAUGAGGUACCUACAGAGAGUAAUUUUGAUGAGCACUUGAGCACAAGUGUUUUCUCGGAGAAGGACAUGAGCAUAUCAGAAGAAGCAAUGAAUGAAUCAGAGUAUACUGGUCAUGCAGAGCCUUCGCCACCUUUGGUCCAAGGCUCAAAAUUAGAAGAAGAAAAGAAGGAAGAAAAAGAGCAAGAAGAAAAAGAAGAGAUUAUGGAAAUAGAGGAAAGCACUGUAGCUAUUGUUGACUCGAAAGCGAGAGAUACUGAAGACAUUUUAGAAGAAAAGGUAGAUAAGGAAGUAAAUAUACCUGUGAAAUCCUCUGAGAUGAUCAUCACCACAAGUUCAGUUAUUGUGAGACCAACACAAGAAUAUUCUAAUACAUCUGGAACUGUUCAGUCACCUUAUGUAACACCAUCACCUCCUGCCCUUGUUACUCUUCCAGAUGGCAGAACAUCAGCAUAUGCUAGCAUUAUGCAGACAAUAAUGGUCCCUUCUCUUCAACCUCAAAAUGAUACACCUUUAGGUCCCUCUACACCUGUUGUCCUUGCAACCACCUCACCAUCGUCAUUUGUACCUAUAUCUUCAUUGGCUAACACAUCCUCUGUUAUUCCUGGUCCUUCAAAGCCUGUCAUCAUGUCAACCACUGAGCAUGCUGCUGUAUAUUCAAGGGUUGCAUCACCUGAAAUGAUAACUAGAGAAUCUAGUCCACCAAAAACACCCACACAGUCUUCACCUCAGCAAGAACAGUCUACAGGAGCUGACUUAGAGGACAUUACUUCUGAAGAGGUCUUUGAGGCCCGGUUUAAAAAGCGUGAGUCUUCUCUCUCAAGAAGUCUAAAAUUUCUGUCCCGAUCAAAGGCCGAUGACAAAUCACAAGCAACUUUGUCAAGUUCUACACAGUCAGGUGAAGAGAUAUACAGACCCGGGCCAAUUGGUGCGCCCUUGGAAUUAGCACCAAGAAGACUUGAGGAGAGAUCAAAGUCAGUCCAGGACAUUCAUGAAGCUCAAAAAGACCAAGGCUUUAUGAGGAGGUUGUCAAUGCGCUUGAGAAGAACACCAUCAACUGAGCGCAAAGAUGAAGCAGCUAAAUAUGAAGAUUCAUUUGCUUCAAAACGUCGACUUUCUUGGACUCUUGGCCGAAGAGGGUCACAGGAAAAGAAGGAUGUGGAGAUGAUCCGCAUGGAUGGUGGUGGUGAUACAGUGGUCCAACAAGAUGAAAAGGAUGUGAAGAACCUUAAUGAAUCACCGGUCUUGGCAAUGCGUAGGAAGAUCGAAUCAACAGUGGCUGGGAUUUCCACCAGAAUUCGUAGCUACUCAGAGGAAAGGAGAGCAUCAGAGGAGAAAGAACCAAAGAAGGCACCCAUUCUUUCCGUGCUUCGUCGUGCAACAUCAGAAAGCCGAGCUAUGAAGAGUAUGACUGCUCCUCAGAACCAGCUGGCAUCUCAGGCCACAAACGGAGCCUCUUCAGAAUCAUUGGACUCAAUGUCCAACCUAAAGUCAGAAUUAUCAAAGGGUGUGGAAGCUGAUCGUCGGUCCCGCUGGGAUCGCUGGGGUCUGACCAGAGGGAGGCGAGACAAGACUGUAUCACAGCCUGAUAUACCAACAGCAAUCACCAGAGAAAAUAGUUCCCUACGUUCACGGCAGUACUCCAGACUGGCUUCUGAUUUUCCUCCAAUAUUCCAUAUUAAGCUCAGGGACCACGUGCUCCUAGAAGGGGAUCCAGUAACCCUCAGCUGCCUACCAGCAGGCAGCCCCCACCCACACAUCACCUGGAUGAAAGAUAAGAAGCCUUUGGAGAUUGAUGCCAGGAUGAACAUGAUUGCGUGUCCCGAUGGCCGGCAGCUACUGAUGAUCAUGCAGACGACAAAGAAGGAUGCAGGGAUCUACGAAUGUGUUGCUACAAACCCUUUGGCCUCUGUGUCCAGCUCAUGCAUAAUCUCGCUUGCUCGUUUGCCGAAUCAUCCUGGAACCCCUGAAAUUCCUCAGAAGUACAAUAACACAGCAUUGGUUGUAUGGAGGCCAUCAGACACUUUGGCCCCCUGCACAUACACCCUGGAAAGGAGAACAGAGGGUGAGAGUAACUGGCUGAUCGUGGCCACAGGGGUGGCUGACUGUUAUUACAAUGUUGUUGACUUACCACCAGGGGGCGCCUUCAGGUUCAGGGUGGCAUGUGUGAAUAAAGCUGGCCAAGGCCCCUACAGCAACCUCUCACAAGUUGUAUGUCUGGAUGUUUCAGAACCAGCUAAAUCAAGUGCACCUGUGGUGGUCAAAACUGUCCCUGCAACUCCUCCCGCCGCUGUAGUGAUGAAGUCAUCAAUGACCGUGCCUCCAAUUAAACCUGCUCCAAGCAAAACACCUGAACUGAUAUCCGCGCAACCGGGUUCAACGCCCACGGCUGUUCCAUCUGUGACCAAAUCUGUUCCUCCAACAACGAUCAAACCAACUGUCCAAAUGGACACUAGAAGUCCUCCUGCCACUCCAGCUGAUGGUACAACCACCACUGAGCAAGCUACUGCUCAGGUUACUACGACUGUUCCACCCAUGCCAACCAAAGCUAAGACCACCAUCAGCGUCAGCGUAAGUAAACCCCAAACUAAGCUCCUGCCUCCCCCUGUUGUCCUGCCCAAAACUCAGAGCCCUGUGAAUGCAGUUCCUCUCAUGAACAAUGCAACACCUUCUCCUGUACCACCACCUGCUCCCGUCAUUGGGAAACCUAUCUCAUGUGUGCCUAUGUACGUGCCGGCUGCAACCGCCUGUGUUACUCCCUCGUCCCAACUUAAUACAGCCCUGAUAACCAGCACACACUCAACCACUCCUGUGAAUGUCUCCUCACCUGCGGUGGUGGUCCAGAGUUUCACACCAGUGUUGCAAAGUGGGGACAGUCGUAGUACUCCCUCUGGUCGGGUCACACCAUCUGGACGGAUCACACCUUCAGGACGCAGAACACCUUUGGGCAAGCCUGGAGAGGGGUCGCUACGCCAGGGAGUUCCACAGAAGCCUUACACCUUUAUGGAUGAAAAAGCAAGGGGUCGGUUUGGUGUGAUUCGGGAGUGCCGGGAAAACGCUACAGGCAACUUGUUCAUGGCUAAGAUUGUUCCUUAUGAGGCGGACAGCAAGCAGGCGGUGCUGCAGGAAUACGACAUCCUUAAGUCUCUUCAUCAUGACAGAAUCAUGGCUCUGCAUGAAGCUUACGUCACACCACGCUACCUGGUGCUGAUCUCAGAGUACUGCAGUGGAAAGGAGCUGCUCUACAGCCUCAUAGACAGGUUCCGUUACUCAGAGGAUGAUGUGGUAGCCUACAUCAUACAGAUCCUUCAGGGACUCGACUACCUCCAUACACGACGUAUCCUCCACUUGGACAUCAAGCCAGAGAAUGUCAUUGUCACCUUCAUGAAUGUCAUCAAGAUCAUUGACUUUGGCAGCGCUCAGACCUUCAACCCUCUGUUCCUCAAGCAGUUCAGCCCUCCUAUUGGAACCCUAGAAUACAUGUCUCCAGAGAUGCUGAAAGGUGAUAUUGUGGGUCCUCCAGCUGACAUCUGGAGCAUAGGCGUACUGACUUUCAUCAUGUUGAGUGGCAGGUCACCAUUCAUGGUGAAUGAGCCUCAGGAGACAGAAGCCAGGAUCCAAGCAGCCAAGUUUGACCUUUCAAAACUCUACCAGAACGUGUCCCAAAGUGCCUCGCUGUUCCUUAAAAAGAUCCUCUGUAGUUACCCUUGGGCUCGUCCAUCCAUUAAAGACUGCUUCAAUAACUCUUGGCUUCAGGAUGCCUAUCUGAUGCGCCUUCGCAGACAGACCUUGACUUUUACUACCAACCGACUCAAGGAAUUUUUGGCUGAACAACAACGCAGAAGAGAGUUGGUGGCCACAAAGCACAAAGUUCUCUUGCGUUCCUACCAGAGCUCACCUCAAACACCAACGAGCCCUACCACACCAAAUAUGCCAACCUCACCCCCCACAACAGCCACCCAAUGAAAUCAGCCAUCCAAAAGCAAGAAGGCAGGACUUCAAAUUUAGAAUGUGGUCAUGCUCUGAGUAGGACAACCCUUUGGAAUACAGGGGUGGCUGGUCCUUUCAGGUCUGAGUUAUUAAUCACGGUCCAUAAACACACAAGAACCCAGCAGAGACUGAUGUACAAAGACCUUUUUUGAAGUAUUAUUGUUUUGAGGGUGGGGUUUAAAAGAAAAAUCAAAGACUGCUUUCACACCUAAGAGGAAUCCUUAAAAUGUGCCAGAUUGACAGGUUUUCGGUUUUUUUUUUAUUAUCAUCCUUUUUCACAGAAAGCAGGCAGUUGUUUCAAAAUUAGUACCUCAGUGUUUCUAAAUCUGCGUACAUUUUGAAUUAUUUUCUUGGUCAUGUGAUGACUGAUUAGCUGUGGUGUGCAUUAACCCUUUGACAGACUGGUAAUCUGUACUAAAUAGGCUCCACCUCUCAACCAGGGUCAGAUGAUGGGAGGGAAAAUAAGUCACAAGACUCUGAAACACAGUGCUGCCACAGUUGUAGAACAAAAACCGCUGGACCCACCUGAUGCGUGUCGUUAAAACGACCUCCUCAAUAAUGAAGAGCACCACUGUCAUGAACUUCACUGCAAUCAAUGAAUAUUCUUUCAACAAGGUCUAAUUCUGGGUAAGUCAUGAUUUCAGAAAAACUUUGAAUCCUGAAUGUUGUUCUCUCUCAAAUAAAUUAGUUUUGAAGCAGUGCUACUUUAGUUUUACACUGUCAUAGUACCUCAAGUAUGUGAGGUGGUGGUUUUUCUUCUGCUAUAUUUAGAAUUUUAAAAAUGUAUAUUGGGUUAUGAAGGUACAUAGGUAAUUGUCUACAAGGGCUAUUAGCAUGGCACACUCAUUGCAAACCACUUCCCUGAUGAUAUGAAACUGGCCUUUUUUAUUAUUUAAUCAUGUUAUAUUCUCCAUUUAAAGCAUCAGUGGCUCCACACAGGGCAGCAGGACUUCCACCACACACAACACACCGUCAGCACAGUGUGCAGGAUCUUUGCUUUGCUCUCCAAUAUUCACAAUUCAACAUUUGCAGGGUGCCGAUUUGCUCCAUUGAGAAACCUGCUGGUAAUACAAGACACUGA